CACACAUCUCAUUCGAGACAAACUGGAGGGAUUUCUGAGUCUGCAGUGUGUGUAGCUAACAGCUAACAGAGAAACAAUAACUUAUCUACGGAUUCUCUUCAUCUGUAAGGUAAUGACACAUGCUUCUGAGCAAUAGACUCAUGAUGGAUUUAGAAGAUGACACUUCUGUGUUAACAACCUUGAAGUCCUUCAAUUCCUUCAUCAGCCACACUGAAGCUCCACAGCGGCUGUCAGAGGGCUCAGCGGGGAGUGGGAACCUGCAUAGUCAAUACAAACGCAGCAUGGAGUUGUUGGAAGCAGGAGAGAGGGUUCACUCCAAUAAUCGCUAUCUUCAGUUGGACGGGGAGAAGAAGCAGAUGGAGCUGAGUCACAAGCGAGCUCGAUAUGAACUUGAGAAGGUUGCUUCUGACAGCGCACGAGACUUGGAGCAUGAGGUGGAUCGAAACCAGGAUCUUCUGGGGCGAUUAAAAAAGUUUCAGGAGAGAGAGACGGAGGCAGCUAAGAACCUGUCGGAGCAGGUGGAGGCCAACAGAGCUCUCCGUAAAAACAUGGAGGGCCUGAACAGGAAACUGGAGGAACGAGACACUCGACUGAACACUGCGAAUCAGACCAUCAGUUAUUUGAAGGAUGAGAUCAGAGAGCUGACGCAAAGGAUUCAAAACCAAGACUCGACAACUUCUUCUCAAACCCUGGAAAACCAGGAGCUGCAGGAACAGUUAGAUUUACAACGCAGGAAGUAUCAGGAAGUCUCUCAGCUUUGCCAAAGUCUCCAAGCUGCGCAGUCCUCCUGCUCAGAGCACAUUGUCAAGAUUAAGGAGUUGGAGCGGCGCCUGGCGCUGCAGGAGCAGGACAUCGCCAUCGUGAAGACAGUGAAGUCAGCUGUGGCCAAAGUUCCAGACCUGGAAAAGGAUUUGAAGCGCCUCAGAGAGGAUAAUGCCUUCCUCAGGGAGAGCAGAGAGAACUGCAGCCUGCUGAAGGAGGAGGUGGAGGGGCUGAGGAGGAAGCUGGAGAGGAUGGAGAAGAAGAAGGAGGAGCUGGUCAAUAUCGAACUGGAGAAGGAGAGGUUAGCAGAGAAGCUCAAAGCCUGGGAAAACCUCGGACAAUCUACUGGACUCAACAUAAGGAAACCAGAGGAUCUGUCCAGGGAGGUGAUUCACAUCCAGCAGAGAGAAAUUGCUCUGAAAGAGCAGAACUACACUCUCAGCAGCCGUGUGAGGAGUGCAGAGCGCUCGCAGAAUGAGCAUCGCGCCGAGCUGUGCCUGCAGCGCAGCAAGACUCUGGAGGAGCAGAAGAAGAGGGAGACGCAGGACAGUCUCGUCCGGAGACUCCAGAAGAGAGUCCUGUUGUUAACCAAGGAGCGUGAUGGCAUGCGGGCCAUACUGGAGUCGUACGACAGCGAGCUGGCUCCCACUGAGUAUACUCCUCAGCUGAACAGACGUCUCCGAGAGGCCGAGGACAUCCUGCAGAAGACUCAGAGCCACAAUGUAGAGAUGGAGGCCCAGCUGACAAAAGCACAGGAAGAGACAGGGACCCUGAAACUGCAACUGCAAACGGUGGAGCUGGAGCUGGAGUCCCUGAAGAAGCACCAGGCCUCUGCUGCGGACAGCAACACCUCGGGGACCAAAGAAGAGCUCAGCAUACUCAGACAGAAAAUUGAAGAUUUAGAGUCGGAGCGGCAGCGUCUGGAGGAGCAGAACAACAUUCUGGAGAUGAGGCUGGAGAGACACAUGCUACAGGGUGACUACGACCCCAUCAAAACCCGAGUUCUCCACUUCAAGAUGAACCCUACCACCAUUGCCAAGCAACAGCGCCAGCAAGAUAUUGAUGCUCUCCGGGAGGAAGUGACACGUCUCUCGGAACUCGUACGCUCGCAGAAGGAAGGAGGCGCCAUGGUCCAAGGCGACUCGAGCAUCAACGCCAGCCUCAGCCCCAGUCUGCCGCCAUCCAAGGAGGUCGUGGAUUUGCGUAAGCAGAUGGAGAUCUUGGAGCUCAGAAACCAGAGGCUGAAGGAAGUGUUUCAGAGCAAGAUUCAGGAGUUCCGCACAGUGUGCUACGUCCUGACCGGAUAUCAGAUCGAUAUCACCACAGAGAACCAGUACAGACUCACCUCAGUCUACGUAGAGCACAUGGACGACUCCCUGCUCUUCAAAA